CGGACCCAGGACUGAGCGGCGGCGGCUUCCGCUCCCCGGAUCCCGCCCGGCCGCGGCCCGGCGAUCCCGGGGGUGCUCCCGGCGGCCGGCGGGCUUCCUGGCGCUGCGCGGCGUGGGGACCUUUCGCCUCUCCCCGGCCUCCGCCGAACGCGUCUAUGAGCGCGGCGCUCCCGCCGUCGCUGAUGAUGAUGCAGCGCCCGCUGGGGAGCAGCACCGCCUUCAGCAUUGACUCGCUGAUCGGCAGCCCGCCGCAGCCCAGCCCCGGCCACUUCGUCUACACCGGCUACCCCAUGUUCAUGCCCUACCGGCCCGUGGUCCUGCCGCCGCCGCCUCCGCCGCCGCCCGCGCUGCAGCCCGCGCUGCCGCCCGCGCACCCACACCACCAGAUCCCCAGCCUGCCCCCCGGCUUCUGCUCGGGCCUGGCGCAGGGCAUGGCGCUCACCUCCACGCUCAUGGCCACGCUGCCCGGCGGCUUCUCCGCGUCGCCUCAGCACCAGGAGGCGGCGGCCGCCCGCAAGUUCGCGCCGCAGCCGCUGCCCGGCGCCGGCAACUUCGACAAGGCGGAGGCGCUGCAAGCCGACGCGGAGGACGGCAAGGGCUUCCUGGCCAAGGAGGGCUCGCUGCUCUCCUUCCCCGCGGCCGAGGCCGUGCAGGCGUCGCUGGUCGGGGCUGUCCGAGGCCAAGGGAAAGAGGAGUCAAAGGUGGAAGAUGACCCGAAGAGCAAGGAGGAGAGUUUCUCGCUGGAGAGCGAUGUGGACUACAGCUCGGAUGACAAUCUGACGGGCCAGGCGGCUCACAAGGAGGAAGACCCCAGCCACGCGCUGGAGGAGACCCCGCCGAAUGGCGGCGCGGCAGGCAGCACGACAUCCACCGGGAAGAACCGGCGGCGGCGGACUGCCUUUACCAGCGAGCAGCUGCUGGAGCUGGAGAAGGAGUUCCACUGCAAAAAGUACCUUUCCCUGACCGAGCGCUCGCAGAUCGCCCACGCCCUCAAACUCAGCGAGGUGCAGGUGAAAAUCUGGUUCCAGAACCGCCGGGCCAAGUGGAAACGCGUGAAGGCGGGCAAUGCCAACUCCAAGACGGGGGAGCCCUCCCGGAACCCCAAGAUUGUGGUCCCCAUCCCCGUGCACGUCAGCAGAUUCGCUAUUAGAAGUCAGCAUCAGCAGCUGGAACAGGCCCGGCCCUGAGGGCCCAGCCAGGGCCGGCCAGGCCUGGCCCCACGUGGAGAAGCCCCAGCCCCAAGGGAACGAGUGGUGGUCUCCUAGGUUCAGCAGAACUCAGUCACAUUCCAAAGGUGGACAUCCCGAGCAAGUUGAGAAGAUACUCAUGAAACAGGCUUAAAGACUGCUCUUGCAAGGGCUGCGGCCACACUUGAAGAUACACUAAAUAUUUAUUAUACUCCCUACUUCGUAUAUAGAUAAUCUAUACACACUGGAGUCUGAAAGUUAGAGGACAAAGUUACCUAGCCAGAUUCUCCACUUACAUUCCAGAAGGAAACAACCUGCUGUGCCCUGCCCUGCCCUGCCGUGCUUAGCAGCCGCUACCUUUCCAUACUUUUCCAAAGGUAAACAUGAAACACAGAACAAACUGGGGUUUAAACUUCACUUUUGUUUCUGCUUUUGGCUUUUUGGGUUGACUGCAGAGCAGAUGAUUGGGCAGCCUGGAAAUUUACUUUGCUUUGCGUUGUUGCUUUUGCCUGGCUUUCUUUCCUGGGCUUGCCUGUCCUAUCUGAGGCACGUCUCCAUUGUGUUUAAUUUAUUUCAAUGUAGCUUAUUUUCUUAUAAGUUAUGGCAUUUAAACAAUCUCAGUCUUGUGAAUAAUAAAAAGGAGAGAAGAAAAAAAACAGAUCAGUCCGCAGCGGGCCUCCUAGGUGUGUCCAGAAUUUCUUCCCAGCGCUGUAGCGGGGUGUGG